GUUAUAUUCUACAAAUUUGCAUUUCCUGGAGAAAGAAAGUAAACUGGAACGUAAAAGUCUGCUUUACUGAAUUGGCUCUUUUGCUUACCUAUUUAUAAUUUCAAGGUUCUUAUUUAGACUAAAAUUUUUUUUUUGUCUGCUACUCUUUCUUGUUAAGUUCAAUUUGACUGUAAUCCUACAACUCAAAACCCAUUUUCUACUCUUUGUUGAUAUCUUCGACUAAGGAAGUAAAAACAUAUUCGUCUAAGAAUCUUUUCAUUGAUCGAGUAUGAGUACCAUUUAUAAGCUUAAAACCAACGCCUCUCGUGCUGGAGACGAAGAAGAAGAAGAUGCUCACGCGCCUGUCGUUACUACUAGAAAACACUCUGAGGGCUUUGUUCCCGUCAAGCAAAAAGUUUUAAUCCUCUCAUCUCGCGGUGUAACUUAUCGUCAACGCCAUUUGCUUACAGAUCUGAUUAACAUGAUGCCGCACACGAAGAAGGACAGCAAAUUUGAGUCGAAAGACCGUCUUUAUGAGCUCAAUGAACUUGCUGAUCUUUAUAACUGUAACAAUAUUUACUUUUUUGAGUCUCGUCGUCGCGAGGAUCUUUAUUUGCAUAUUGCACGUGCUCCUAAUGGACCUACUGUUAAAUUUCACAUUGAAAACUUGCAUACGAUGGACGAACUUAACAUGACAGGCAAUGCUUUGAAGGGUUCCCGUCCCAUUCUCUCUUUUGACAAGACGUUCGACUCUGCUCCUCAUUUGAAGAUUGUUAAGGAAUUGUUGCAACAGACCCUUGGUAUUCCCAAGGGUGCUCGUCGUAGCAAACCUUUCAUUGAUCGUGUUUGUACACUCACUGUUGCUGACAACAAGAUUUGGUUCAGAAAUUAUGAAAUUCGUCAAAAUGAAGACCCCGAUAAGGAUCCUGUUGUAUUAUUUGAAAUCGGACCUCGUUUCGUCAUGACCAUUAUCAACAUUCUUGAAGGGUCCUUUGGAGGUCCCGUUAUCUUCAAAAAUGAUACUUUCGUCAGCGCAACCAUGGUUCGUGCAGCUCUUCGUAAACAAACUGCUCAGCGUUAUGUCAAUCGUCAAGAAAAUAAACUUGAGCAUGCUGUUCGUGCUAAGCAAAAUGAAUACCCAGAAGAUCCUUUGGAGAAGGUUUUUACAUAAGUUUAUUUACCUUAAGACUGUAUUUUGACGUACGGGGCAAGUUUAUGGUUAUUAUACUGGUACAAGUACAGUAAUCAGAAAAAAAACGAAAAAUUUGGGUUUGAAGGUUGGCAAUAAUCGAUAAUAUCUAAAGAUUUAAAGACUAUAAUAUUAAAGCAAUUGAAAGCUGUAGCUAUCGUAAUUUUA